CAUAGAAUAAGCGUGAAAUAUAACCUUGAAAAACUUGCUCUCUCAUAUUGAACUUCCAUCUCAGAACAGAAAUAUCGAAAUACCUUGUUAGUCACCUAUUUCAAAACUAUUUCAAAUGAAUUUUUGAAUUCCUAAAUCAAUUUCUAUCUAACUACUUCAAAAUACACAGAUAUCAAUUUUUUCCCACAAGAACCGCAUAUCAAGAACAAAUGGGCAUUAUGGACAACGAGGUCUUUCAUUUCGAGGAAGAUGACGAUGAUGAUUAUCAAACCUCCAAUGAUGAAUAUAGCGACGAAAAUGAAAAUGAGAAUGAACCAUGGGCAACCCGCAGCAGAAGAUCAACCAAUCCAGAAGAACAAGCUUCUAGGGAGAUUCCAGCAGAUCAAUUCUUGAGCAAAAUCAAUCUUCUACCUGGACUCACCGUCAAGAUCGUCGUCAACUCUAUGAAUGGCUCGAAACAAACUCUGAUUCUACCAAAGAGUCUCCUCUGUACACGAUCCCCAUUCUUCCAGCUCGCUUUCAACGGUCCUUCCACAGAAUGCCCAUCAACAUCUCCAUCUCCCUCUCCCUCCCAACCCCAAGAACUCCACCUCCCCGAAACAUCCCUCGCGGAAUUCGAACUCGUGAUCCAAUUCCUCUCCACAGAUACCUUCAUCUUCCCACACAGCAUAACCGACUCCUCGGAAAAACUCACCCUAUACCUCCUCUUCUUCAAAUGCUGCCACCAAUUCUCCAUCGUCUCUCUCUCACCCCUCAUCCACCGUUUCCGUAAUUUCCUCCGCUGGUGUUCCGCGCGCGGCGAAUUCCCCAAUCGUUCUCACAUGCAACUUGCGAUUUCUCUCCCCGCUUCCCACGAGGCGCGCAAACUAGCGGUCGCUGCAUGCGUCAAACCCUAUGCGUGUUCGAUUACGAAAUCAAGCACGUGUUAUGGACGCGCGCUGUUUCAUCUAGAGAAGUAUGUAGAGGAGGAAACGCAGUUUGCGGCGGAUUUGUUCAGAGCGUAUACGAAGGCUGUGAGGGGCGCGUUGGGGACCCAUACGAUUGUUGAUCCGUUGACGGGGAUGGAUUAUACGGUUAGUACGGGGGUGGCGUGUCAGUUGGAGAGGAGUAGGGGGGAUAGGUGUGUGAAUCAUUUGGGGAAGUUUUAG